AGUUUUUGCUUUCUUAAAGUGGCAAUCAAGAGGUGUUGUUUUCUGUUUUGUUUACUUUUCAUUUCGUUCUUUGCACAGGAAACUGAUAGAUACACUUACAAUUCGAUUCUCAUUUUAUUUCUACUGAUUUCCAAUUGAUUUAAUAAGAUGAUUCCUAGUAAAGCAUGGGAUUAUGCGAAUCCUUUGAAUUGGUUGAAUAUGAUUCAUGGCUCUGUAAUACCGAAACACGGAAUCAAAACUCAUGCUAUUUCAACCCCUCACGUUUGCGCUCUAAAUUUAUCAAAAGUAGCUGGUAGUAUGUUUGUAAAAUUAGCUGGGGUUUCUGGAGCUAUUGCAGUUGCUAUGGGCGCUUAUGGAUCUCAUGGUUUAUUUCCCAAACCAGAUGUUCCUGCUGAAUUAAAAGAUGUUUAUAAAACAGCAAAUUUUUAUCAUUUCAUCCAUUCAUUAGCACUUAUGGGUGUACCCCUUACAAGAAAACCAUUAUUAGUUGGAACUUUAUUAACAACUGGCAUGUUCAUAUUUUGUGGAUCUUGUUAUUAUUAUGCCCUUACUGGAAAUACAACUGUUAUACGAGUUACUCCUUAUGGUGGAAGUUUACUAAUUGUUUCUUGGCUUGCAAUGCUUUUAUGAUUUCUCGUCUUCUCCAUAUUUUUGAUAGAAUGUUGAAUUUUAUUAUACUCUGAUAUCUCAUUUAUUGUUAUGAAAUAAAUUUUGGUGUUUACAUACUUA